UUCAUCAAUUCCCUCCAUUUCCCCCUCAAAUUCAAAACCCAGCUCGUCAGAUCUUUCGUUUACAUUUCAUCUUUCACUUCCCAUUCCGUGGAAUUCUGCUACCAUGGCAGAUUGUGAAGCUCCAUCUUUCUCUCUCGGUCUUGAUUUGGAUCACAAUGUCGAUGAAUCAAACUCUCGCUCUCCGCUCAGUCUUCCCCGUGCUUCUGCACACGUGGAGGAUAAGGAAUGCUUCGGCCCCGAUGUGGUCGAGUCCGAUCCGGAUAUGGCUCCAGACCCACCACCUCGGAUUCUGAAGCGGCUACGACGUGGACCAGGUGAUGGGUCGCCGCCGCCCAUCCAGAGGCAGGAAGGGCUACGAUCGGGUUGUGACGGCGAUGAUGAUAUCGAGGAAUUCUCUGAUGAGGAAGACCUUCAGUUUCAAGCACGCCCACCAACAUGGAAUCAGCCUUUGUGUAGCAGCUCCAAAAUUUCAUUGAAUGGAUCUGGAGUUUUAACUACUCAUUCAUCUGGCAACCGCAAAGAAAGAAAAAUGAAAAAAACUUCAGGUAUCCUAGGAUCUGCUACAUUGGAGAUGGGCCAGAGUGGGUUGAUGUUUCCAAAGUUGACAGCUAGUCCACUUCGCAAAUUCCAGUUGCUUGAUUCUGAUUCUGACGAUGAUGAUGAUGACCCUGUAAGUGAAGAUGUUAGUGGUGGCCGCAAGGUUGAUCCAUGCUUCAAGGAACCAUCAUGUAAGCCAAACGAAUUUGUAACUUCUUUUGAUAGAAAAGCAUCAUUUCAGAUGCACCAAAGCGAGGAUCUAUGGAAAGAUUUCUCUCCGGUGAAGAGUUUUUCAAUUCCAACACCUGCACUGAAUGAGGUUUGUGAAGAAUACUUCCGUUCUGCAAAGGACAAAGAAAAGGAAACAUCAGUAUCUGCAAUUCACUAUGAGAGCUUGUUUGAGUCCACUAGCUGUCAAAGGGAUGAACAAAUAUGGAAUUCAGCUUAUCCACUUCCUCCAGCUCAUCAAUAUUUUUUCCACAAGGAUCCAAGAAUCAGGAAAUUAGUUCGCAGUCGCCUGUUCAAUUUUUAUCCACUAGGUGUUGACAAAGUGAAUCACCAACCUAAUGCAUCACAUAUUGAUUACAUGGGACAAUUUAACAAUGAAGGUUCCAAAAAGAAGGAAGCUUGUAAUGGUUACUUGGAGAAAAGCUCGACUAGGGGAAGAACCAAACCAAAAGAAGUUACUGUUGAAGAACCUUUCCAUGCUUCUGGGGGCUGGGUGGCUCCGAAAAUUAAUUCUUCUUUUGGUGGAGAAUCUUCUGAGAGGAAAGCAACAAAAAAAAGUAACGCGAAAACUAUGUCAAAAGGAAAAAGUAAAGCAAACUUGCCAAAUUCUUCAGAAAUCUUGCAUGCUUCUGCAAAUUGGGUGGAACCACAGAACUGUGCCAACAUGCCAAAAGAUGCAAGCAGAAGACGUGUUCAAGCAAACAGUAAAUCAGUGGGCCACUGGUUUACAGGAUCAGGUGGAAGAAAGGUCUAUGUCGCCAAAGAUGGGCAGGAGUUAACAGGCCGAGCUGCUUAUAGGCAUUAUCGGAGGGAAAGUGGAUCAGGAUUCAAAAAGUCAAAAAGAAAACCAGUGGCAAGAAGAAAACUACCUGAAUCUUGGUGUAAAGGCGUCGGUUCUGUCUGGCUUUCCCACGUCUUGUUGUACGUUACCCAGAUCUCAUGGCACGUGUGGUCCUGCAAGUCACCAGUGGCCGGCAAAGAUGGACCAAGGCCCUUGAUUGUCUGA